AAAAAAUCAGCCAGCCGUCAACAUGACAGACGCGAACCCUCCAACAAAACUCAUUGUACCAAGAGUCGCAGGCAAGCUCAGCUCGCCUCUAGUAGUCCAGUGCACGACGUGCGGUGCGAUCGGCCGCGGCUCCCCCUCGUGCCACGCAAUCUUCCGCUGGGAGAAUAACGAGCGCGAGCAGCUUUCCCUGGCCCGCGCCGAGCUUUUGCCGAUCGCGCUGCGAGACGUAGGAGGUGCGGAACACAGAUUCGAGAGCAUAGGACCCGUCAUGCACGAGAAAGAAAGUCUGAGGGUGUGGCGCGCCAGAUUUUUGCUUAAGGCGAUGGGGCCUCGGCCUCGGCCGCAAAGGGCGCUCCAGACCGAGCGGAGCCGAAGCCGACCACGUUUCAAGUGGGCUGACAACUUCCACCUCGUCGGCCAGAAUCUUAAGUAUGCGGUCCCUCUCACGGGCGCGAAAGAGCUGAGGUUACGAGACGUCCGUGGGGAGUGGCAUGAGCUCUCCUUCGGCGGCGGCGCCACUCCCGAGGGUAGGGUAUCGUCGUGGCGCGCCAUGGUGAUCCGAAACGUUAUUGGCGGCUUCAGCACAGUAUUUGGGGGCAAAGGCUUCGCUCUCGGCGAGGACGACCGCGUCGAGAUGGAAACGGCUCUCCGUGCGUACGUCGCUACCCACGACGCCGGGCUGACCCUCAGAGGGCAUCUGCAAGAGUUCCAGCGGUUCCUGGUGGCCAGGAUUACCGAUGCUCCGCUCCGGCUCCAGAUCUGCGGCCCCAACUUCCCGGACUACAUGCUCAGUCUCGUUACCUCGUCCAAAUACCCCUCCAUUACAAUCCAAUUCCAAAACCUGCGCUGGGACGGCCAGUUGUGCCGCCACUUCACAAGAGCCUCGCGCCGGCAAUGGAUACGGAAGCUCGCCGUGUCUUGCUUUCAGCAAGUCAAGGGAGAGGGCUGUGUUGUAUACUUAUACUACAUGUGGUGGUCGUAUUGUAACGUGCUCCUUGACGCUCCGCUCCCUAGAUUCCGGAACGAGAUCCUACGAGAUAAAGAGAUUCGCUUAUUAGUAGAGAAAUUAAACGAUUUCAAGUGGACCAUAAACGGCCGACCUUAAAAAUACCCGUUAAUUCAAUUAAUAUAUCAAAAUUAUUUUAAUUAA